AUGGCUCACGCAAAGGCGGCGCUCGGAAGGCGUGCGGCCCUCGCAGACCUCGCCGCCCUGCCCGCUGCGUUUAAAUGCGGCGCUGGCGGCGCCGAGGCGGCUUGGCACCUUGUCAUGCAGAGCUUUGACCUAGCUGACGGCGGCAAAGAGGCGUCGCAGGACGUGGAGGACGUGGACGUGGACAUGGUGGCCGUCACACGGUGUGCGCGGCUGUUAAGCGAGGUCGUGGAGGAGAGCUCCGCCCCCGAUUUCCACGAGAGCAAGGCACUCUCGCUGCUGGACGACGCCCUCGCCGCGUGUCCGUCCCGCCAGCGCGCGGUGCGCUCACUGUUGCUGCUCUCGCGCGCCGCCUCGCUCCAUCGAGAGGAGCGGGACGAGGCGGCCGAUGCGGACUUAUCGGUUGCGCUGCAGCUGACUGAGGCGCGGUGGGUCGAGGAGUGCUCGCUCAAGCUGCGCAUGGCUUGCAAGCUGCGGGCGGGGGACGUGGCGGCGGCGCGGCGCGACUUGAGUGCCUUGCAGCAGCGGCAGUGGGGGCAUGCUUUCCCAAAGCCGGCGACUUGGGAGCUUCACGGCGCGCAGCAGCCUCUCAUCGAGGCGCUCCUUGGUGCCGGCCGCUGGCUGGCACUCGAGCGCUCAGUCCACCCGAUCAACGCCCAGUUUGCUGAGAGCGAGGCUGCGGCAACGGCGCUCCUCGCAGAGGAGGAGGCGGCGGCGGCGGCGGCAGUGGCAGUAGCAGCGAAGGGCGGUAGCGCCCAAGGCAGGGGCGGGAGGGGCGGCAAGCGGAACAAGAGGGGACGCGGCGGAGCGGCAGAGAGGGAGGCGGCGGCGGAGAGGGAGGCGGCCGAGGAGAGGUCGCGUGAUGAGCUGAGGGAGCGGCUGGAGCGAGAGGCGCGCUGGGAGGCGGCGCAGGCGGCGCGGGAUGCUGCUGCUGCUGAAGAGGCGGCGGCGGCGGCGGCACUAGAGGCGGGCGACGCUGAGGUUCCAUCGGCAUUGCUGCACGAAGCCAUAGACGCACCGCCUCCGGUGCUGGAGGUUGGCGCCGCCGAGGUGACGGCAGCGCUCGAGGCGGCAGGCGCCGAGGAGGUUGGCAAGGGGGGCUUCGGCGUCGUCUAUGCGGUGGAGCUGCCCUCCUUCUCCGGCUGGGGCCGCGUCGCAAUCAAGCGCGCGCUGCCGGGCCAGCCCGACGACAGCGUGAGCAACAUGAUGGACGAGGUUGCGCUGCUGCGCAAGUGCGCCCACCCCAACGUGCUGCCGCUCCUCGGCUACUGCGCCGAGGAGAAGGCGGUGUGCAUGGUGACGCCGCUGAUGCGGGGCGGCUCGCUCGACGACCGACUCCUGCUGACGCCCGCCGCGCGGGCGAGGCUGCGGCGGCUCGGCUUGCAGGGCCGGCUCGAGCUGUCGUGGGCGCAGAGGCAGUCGGCCCUCGAUGCGAAAUACAGAUACAGACCCGUAGGCAACAUCCUGCUCGACGGUUUAGCGGUGCCGCUGCGCCGUGCCGGCGGCCCGCCGCGCCACCACGUCUACCGCGCCUUUCUGUCGGACGUCGGGCUCGCGAGGGCGCGCGGCGCGCGGGAGACGUCUGCUACACACGCGACGACGUACGGCGCUUACUUCUCCAACGGGUUCGUCUGCCCCAUCUACCUCGACUCGAACCAGCACUCGGCCAAGACGGACGCAUACGGAAUCGGCAUCUCGCUGCUGGUGGCGCUGACCGGCGAGCCGGCCAACGGCUUGCGCACCCGGUGGGAGGACACGCUGGCAGACCUGGCCGAGGGCGGCGGCGGCUCGGAGGAGCUGCGGCAGCGUGCGCGGCGCGUCGCGGGCUGGCCAGAGUCUGUGACGGUCGCGCUCGCGCGUGUGGUGCACGGCUUGAGCGUCGCGCGAAAGUCACACCGGCAGCCGCUGCCCAAGGCGCUGGCGGAGAUGGAGGGGCUGCUGCUGGACGGCCACGGCGACGGUGAGGGAGGCGGCGAGGGCAGCGAGAGUGGCGGCGAGAGCGGCGCCGUCGGCGACGAGGGCCUUGAAGGGGCUCGUCCAAGGAACGGAGGCGACCUGACACGGGUGGUGGGGCGGCUGCACAACCUCGCUGUCAGCGACGGAGGCGAUGCUUCGCUCGCCCGGCUGCAAAGGCACGUGAGCGAGGCUUUCGACCUCAUGAUGCUCCGACUCGAGCGCAAGUACGCCGAGGAGGGGCUGCCGCCGCUGCCGGCGGAGCUCUCUGAACGCGACAAGAUCAACGCGCUGGCGCCGCGCAGCCACUGUCCGACCUUGAGGGGCCACGCGCACAUGCUGCGCGGCUGGCGCAACGCCGCCGUCCACGAACGUAGCAAGUGGCGGCAGCCACCGAGCGACGCAGACGUCUCGCAUGUGAUUCAAGGGGUGAUGUCAGAGCUAGAGAGACUCGGUUGGUGA